UCUUAUACUGCUUGUUUCGUCUUAUUGUUUCCUUGAAUUAAUCAGUUGUUGAUGAAUUCGGUAAAGUUUUAGCGAUUGGUUGAUCAAACACACAAGAAGAAUAGUGAGUGUUAUACGAUUUUCUUUUUAAUUGCGGAAUGUCUUUUGGUGAGACUAAAACUGUAACUCCAACUGAACCGAGUACGGAAGCUGCAAGAAGGAGACGCAUGGAAAUUCAUCAGUUUCGAUUUGUUGCCAGCGAUAUGGCGGUGGCUCCACCGACUAGUAUGGAGAAUGGAGGAAGGAAGAGACAGAAAUUGGAGAAAACUGUGUCGGUAAAAAGCUAUGAUAGUAAAGAGAAGAAGCGAUUCAAGUUGGAAAGAAUUGUUUCCCUGCCACUAUCGCUGCCGUGCACAAGUGAAAUUGAGAUGGGUGAAAAGAAGGUAGCAGAGAAUAAAGAAACCGAAACGAACGCUUUGGAUUUGACGGAAUCUGCUUCUAUAUCGUUGAAUAUUGAACGCCAGGGAGUAUCCGACUGUCCAAAAUUCGGGAUGACAUCUGUAUGUGGAAGGAGAAGAGAUAUGGAAGAUACGGUGUCGAUCUAUCCGUCGUUUCUUCAGGAUAAACAUGAAAAGUCCAGCAACUUACAUUUCUUCGGUCUCUACGACGGCCACGGCUGCUCUCAUGCGGCGAUGAAAUGUAAAGAUAGAAUGCAUGACAUAGUGAAGAACGAGGUUGAGAGCGCAGGGGAAGCUACAUGGAAAGAGAUGAUGAGUCAGAGCUUCUCAAAAAUGGACAAAGAAGUCGUUGAAUAUUCGAAAGGAGCUGGAGGCACACAGACUGUGGAUUGUAGAUGCGAACUUCAGACGCCGCAGUGCGAUGCUGUUGGAUCCACUGCUGUUGUGGCCGUCCUAACUCCAAACAAAAUCGUCGUGUCCAACUGCGGUGAUUCUCGCGCUGUGCUCUGCAGAAACGGUGUCCCAAUUCCUCUGUCCACUGACCACAAGCCUGAUCGACCCGAUGAACUCAAUCGGAUUGAAGAAGCUGGCGGUCGUGUAAUCUAUUGGGAUGGUGCAAGAGUUCUUGGAGUCUUGGCUAUGUCUCGAGCAAUCGGUGACAGUUACUUAAAACCAUAUGUUACAUCCGAACCGGAGGUGACCAUAACGGAGAGAACAGUAGAAGAUGAGUGUUUGAUAUUAGCGAGCGACGGGCUAUGGGAUGUUGUCUCAAACGAGACAGCAUGUGGUGUAGCUCGCAUGUGCUUGCGAUCUGGGAAGAACUCCGACCAGGCUUGCACUGAUGCGUCAAUCCUCUUGACAAGGCUGGCUUUGGCUCGGCACAGUUCGGAUAAUGUUAGCGUUGUCGUCGUUGAUUUGAAAAGGGGUCUAUAAGGGAUU